AUGACAGCAGCAGCAAAUGGACCACAACUCUUCCCUUACAAAAAACUUUCAAAGGCGACUCGCAACUUCGGCAAAGACAACUUGUUGGGAACUGGAGGUUUUGGCAGUGUUUACAAAUGGGUUAUGUCGAAACCUCCCACCAGUAUUGCUGUAAAAAAAAUCAAUGCCACAUCAAAACAAGGUGAGAAGGAAUACUUGGCAGAAAUCUACACUAUUAGCCGCCUAAGGCACAAAAACUUACUACGACUCCAAGGUUCGUGCUAUGACCAUGACCAACUCCUACUAGUUUACGAAUAUAUGCCUAAUGGCAGCCUUGACUGCUUCAUCGGCAAGGACAACACCUUCCUUGAUUGGGCAACCAGGUACAAGGUAUUACUAGGAUUAGCAUCAACAUUAGUUUAUCUACAUGAAGAAUGUGGCAACCCUGUUGUACAUAGAGAUGCGAAGCCAAACACUGUCAUGUUGGAUUCACAAUACAAUGCACAUAUAGGCGACUUUGGCCUUGCUAGGCUACUUCAAAACGAAGCCUCGGUCACAACCAGGAUAGCAGGGACACUAGGGUAUUUGGCGCCAGAGGUUAGCUUCACGGGUAGGGCUACCCCAGAGUCUAAUGUUUAUAGCUUUGGAAUGGUGGUUUUGGAAGUGGUUUGUGGGAAGAGAUCAAAAGGCAUCAUGGAUGAGAAUAGUAUAGUGGAUAGCGUAUGGACGUUAUACGAAAAGGGUGUCGAUGCAUUGCUCGAUUGCGUGGAUAGAUUGCUUGAAGGGAAAUUUGAUGAGGAGGAAGUGAAAAGGAGUUUGGUUGUAGCAAAGUCGAUGGUGGAGGUUCUAUGGAGACUUUGCCAGAUGAGACCACAGUCCAAUAUGGGUCGUGUCAUGUAUAAGAGGAUGCCUAGACGAGGAAGUGAGAAUUUCCCUCCUUCCAAACGGGAAGAAUUGCGGAAACAGUUUGUGGAGUUGCGCCAAGGUAUUACACCUUUGGUACAGUUUGAAGCAUGGUUUGCUAACCUGUCGAGAUUUGCUCCGGAGUUGGUGGAGACUGAGGAACUUCGUUGUUCAGAGUUUGAGAGUAAGUUGUGUGACGAUAUCCGAGAAAGGAUUGUCGGGUCUUGGCAGAGAAGUUAUAGUGUGCUUGUUAAGGCUGCGGCUCAUGUAGAGGCAGCGGUACUAGCCAUGGGUCAGAGUAGAGAGGAGGCCAUCUUGGCAACCCCAGUGACUCGGGGUGUUAGUAGACCACUUAAGAGGCAGAGGGGUUUCGACCCACAACAAUUUCAGAGAGAGCAAUCUAGAUCUACCUUUCUAGUGCUGAGUUCAAGUUUGGGACAGGGUAAGUAG